GGCGCGACACGCCGUAAAGCGCGCGGCACUUCCGGCUGGCGCGGAGGGCAGGGCCGGCACCUCGUGUGAGGCUGUGGCUGCCCGCGCCGCCGCCUCCCGCCCGGCCCCGCCGCCGCCGCCCGGUGCCCGCCGCCCCCAGGAUGUUCAAGAAAUUUGAUGAAAAGGAAAAUGUAUCAAACUGCAUCCAGUUGAAGACUUCAGUUAUUAAAGGUAUUAAGAACCAGCUGAUAGACCAAUUUCCUGUUAUUGAACCGUGGCUGAACCAAAUUAUGCCGAAGAAAGACCCUGUCAAAAUAGUACGAUGUCAUGAGCAUAUAGAAAUCCUCACCGUGAAUGGGGAGUUGCUGUUCUUCAGACAAAGAGAAGGGAUUUUUUACCCAACGCUAAGGUUGCUUCACAAAUAUCCAUUUAUUCUACCACAUCAGCAGGUUGAUAAAGGAGCCAUUAAAUUUGUACUAAGUGGAGCUAAUAUAAUGUGCCCUGGCCUGACAUCUCCUGGAGCCAAACUUUACCCUGCUGCGGUUGAUACUGUUGUUGCAAUAAUGGCAGAGGGAAAGCAACAUGCGUUAUGUGUGGGAGUAAUGAAGAUGUCAGCUGAGGACAUUGAGAAGGUCAACAAAGGGAUUGGCAUCGAAAAUAUCCACUAUUUAAAUGAUGGUCUUUGGCAUAUGAAGACAUACAAGUGAAACAAACGGAACUGUGUUACUCCAAGGGAAUGCACUUAGGUUAAAUGUGGACUGCUUUGUAAUUCCUUGUUUUUAAUGUGACUGAAUGUACAAAUUAUUUUGUUCUGUGGCUAUGCUAAAAUAAAUCAAAUGAAUGCGAAAGUA